AUGAAAUUAUCGAUUUUCAAUGACAAAGACCGUGCAGCCUGUGUCGAGUCGGCUCCAGAUGGCACCCAGAACGAGCCAGGUCCUCCUCCAGACGGGGGACUCACGGCCUGGUUGCAGGUUCUUGGCUUCCACUUCAUCUUCUUCAACUCCUGGGGUGUCACCAACAGCUUCGGCGUCUUUCAGCAGUACUACGCCCAAACCCUACCGCAGUCUGCCUCGGAGAUCUCCUGGAUCGGGAGCGUCCAGGUCUUCCUGCUCUUCUUUGUCGGUGUCCUCGCCGGGAGGGCUACUGAUGCGGGAUAUUUCCGUCCGGUCUUGUUCCUGGGCGUCCUCUUCCAGCUGGUCGGCGUCUUCAUGACCUCCCUCUGCACCACCUAUUGGCAGAUCUUCCUUGCCCAAGCCGUGUGCAUGGGUCUUGGAAAUGGAUGUACCUUUUGUCCAGCGCUCUCCGUGACCUCCUCUUAUUUCCUGCGCAGACGAGCCCUGGCCGUUGGACUGGGGGCCGCUGGUGCCGCGACGGGCGGCCUGAUAUACCCUGUGGUCGCUGACAUGCUCCUCUACAAACACCCAAUCGGAUAUGCUUGGACUCUGCGGGUUAUGGGCUUCAUCAUGCUGGGAACUCAUAUCCCGGGGCUGCUGUGGAUGCGGUCACGGUUGCCACCGCGCUCCACAGGGCCGAUCAUAGAAUGGGGCGCCUUCCGUGAGUUACCCUGGGUCUUCUUCACCGCGAGCAUGUUCUUCAACUUCUGGGGCUUGUAUUUCGCCUUCUUUUACCUCGGCACCUUUGCUCGUGACCGCCUUGGCAUGAGCGACUCGCUCAACCUCAUCAUGAUUCUGAAUGCGGUGGGCGUCCCCGGCCGUAUCAUUCCCACCUAUAUUGGCGGUCGAAUCACCGGCAUGCUCAACCUUUUGAUACCUCUCAGUCUGGCAGCCAGUAUUCUCACCUACUGCUGGGCAGCUGUCAGCAACGUGGCCGGGUUGUACACCUUCACGGUCUUGUUCGGUAUUGUCGCCGCCGCUCUGCAGUCGCUCUUCCCUGCCACGGCCACCAUGCUGAACCCGAACCUGGAAAAGGCAGGCACCCGGCUGGGCAUGAUCCUUAGCAUCGUCAGUAUUGCCAACCUGACUGGUCCGGCCAUCGAGGGAGCGUUGGUACAGCGUGACGGAGGGCAUUAUCUCGAUGGGCAGAUGUUCGCCGCCUCCUCGAUUUUCCUUGGUGCUGCCGCAGCUGUGGCGGCAAGGAUCGCAAAAACAGGCUUGCGCUGGAAGGUAAAGGCAUGA